CUUAUUUGCACGACGAUAUCAUAAAGUUCGUGUUGUCUUUUACGAAAGUAUCUAAUAGUAAUAUCUUAAGACAAGAUGCAGAUGUCAUUUCAUGGCGGCGUUGCGGAAACUAUUCUGUUUGAAAAAUGGCGCAUAAAUAACACUCAAGGAAUGAUUGGUUCCGUAAUCGGCGUCAUUCUUCUAACUGCAUUGUAUGAAGGACUAAAAUCUUAUCGUGAGUAUCUCUUCGCGCGUAUGAUGUUUCUCAGGAAGAAUCAACAGAAGAAAUCGAGAAAUGCAUUGUUGUUUUCCGGAGUGCAUUUCUUUCAAACGCUUCUGCACGUAAUUCAAGUAGUGCUUGGCUAUUUCCUUAUGUUUAUUUUUAUGACAUACAACUAUUGGCUCUGCAUCGCUGUCGGAACUGGAACAGCUCUUGGAUAUUGGUUGUUCCAAUGGGAAAAAGCUAAGAAUGAAAAUACAGAUUGUUAUAAUUGACGGUUGUCUGGAAGCAAUAUCUAAUCUAAUCUAAUUUAUUAAAGACACAUUCAUUUUGAUAAUGAUAGUAGGUGUUUAUCAGACAAGCAGACAACCGGAAGAGGACAAUAAUCAUGGUAAUCAUCACUACUGAAGUGAAAAUGAAUCAUAGAAAAACAAAAUAAUUAUUAUUGAAAAAUAUAACUCAACUAAAGUAUCAAGGCGGAAUUAUUGAAUAUUUACUAAUUUAAUAAGAUUUAAUAAAUAUUGAAAGUUAACA